AUGGGUUCAAACAAACGUCCUUCGCGCAAUCGUAAGAUGCCUGAAAGACUCAAUUCUCCAUCCGUUCAAAUCGAAACCUCCACCCACAGCCAGAAUAUCGCAAAUACAUCUAGCACACCUCCACCAACCACUCCUACUUAUGCCUCUUCCAGUUCACCAUCUUCUGCUGCAUCAACUCCAACCCCUGCCAUCAGAACCUCAGGCAAUGAGUGGAGAAAGACUGUUAGAGCUACGUUACCUACGAGAGCUGAGGUUGAAGACAUGCCAGAAGAAGAUAAUUCAGCAUCUUCGAAUCCAAUGGUAUCAGUUCAGCGAGCCCUGCCAGUCGAACAACUAGCCCCGAUGCCAGUUCGCACGCCUGCUGAUGAAUACGACAUCAAUUCGCCUUACUAUGGAUUGAAUCACACACCAGAGUGGGAUGAUUUGGGAAUUGAUGUUGAUGAUCCAACACAAGAGAGAUGGUUUCCUGCCCUCAUGCUCUUCCAUGAGCUCACCAAGGCAAUGUCAUUCAAGGGGCUUGUCUCAUACCUUGACCUUACCGAUCUCCAGCUCAUCAACUUCGCCGAAGUCUACGAAUCAGAAACUCAGCGGGACAAGUUGGAGCGAAAACUUACACUGACUGCGAUGCAGCGAUUGGACGUUAUUCGCAGAACCGAGGACCGAUUGAUCACCGUUGAAGAUUUCGAAUUGGCUUUAUUGGAAGAAGUCGACACGAAGCUUCCAGAAACUGUCCUCGCAUCCCCCAUUCCGCUUUUGGACAUUGGUAAUGCCAUCGCUUUUCUCCAGACCUGCUAUGGCUCGCAGAUGUCUAGAAAACCGUCGCACAAUGGCAUCCUUUCAUUGUCCAAGGUCAACGAGGUCAUCAACGAGAUGAGAAAGUACACUAAGCUAGGUGUAACUUUUGACUUUGACUUCACUCAUGAAUUAGGUUUCAGAGAGUACAUCGAAAGUGAAACCGAUCUUGCUGGUGGUGGUGAAGGAAUGGGGCUCUCUGGCCACGAGGCUGAGCAGUCAGCUCAGCAGCCCAUUGGUCGACCAAAGAAGCGAGGCAAGCAGUUCCCAAAUAAGCCUCUUCGCAACAAAUCAGAUCUCUUGAAGAUGGUCUUGCCUUCUAAGUUGCAGCAAAUGGAGAGCGUUGAGGACGAGGCUGGAAAGGAGGCUGAGGGUAAGGCUGUAGAUAAGGGAAAGGGAAAGGGAAAGAUGCUUUGA